UAACAUUCAUUCAGGCACCUUCUCGAACAGUCACUUGUCGCUGUGUGCGCAGAGGACCCAACCUGUCCACUAUGGCGGCGCCCGGUGGAACUUUAAACUGUGAGGACUUUUCAAUGUUUCAGGAGGUGCUCAAGUUGAUGCGCACCAUAGACGACCGCAUCGUCCACGCCCUGAACACCACCGUGCCCACAGUCUCCUUUUCAGGCAAAGUGGAUGCCACACAAACAUGCAAACAACUCUAUGAAUCUAUGAUGGAGGCCCAUCUGAGCAGAGACAAAGCUAUCAAGGCCUGUAUAGCCCAAACAUCUGAGGUGGUGGGACAACUGCGUGAGGAAAGAGCAAAAGACAGUAACAACCUGGCAAUCAUCAAACAACUCAGAAAGGAGCAGACUAAACUAAAGCUAAUGCAGUCAGAGCUGAAUGUUGAAGAAGUUGUCAAUGAUAGAAGUCUGAAGGUUUUCAGUGAAAGGUGCAGAAUCCACUACACGCCUCCCAAGGUGAAGUAAAGCUCCAUCUGAUCAGAUCAGCUGUUUCCCUCGAGGUUUGAAUCCUGACUGGAGCUGAAACUGUGACCUGCUGCUGAGUCCCGACUGCAGGCUGUUCACCACCCGGACCUCAGCAACCCCUCCUCCAACACACUUCUAUUCCAUUGUGAUUAUUGUAUUGCAUUACCACCGCUGUAAAACAGUCACCUGUAUGCUUCUUUAAUGACAAACAUUGUACAAAAAUAAUUUUUUUAAAAGACAGUGAAAUGUUUUCAAGUGA